GUGGAGGCAGAAGGGCAACGCGCAUCACCAUCUGCACAGCUGUUGGCAUAUGGGUGUUAGCAUUUAUCUGCGCUAUACCUGCAUUAAUCGGAUCGCACAUCAAAGAGAUCAGAGAUGACGAUGACGUGCUGCGCUUUGAAGUGUGUUAUCCUUUUCCCGAAGAAUGGCUCGACUAUCAGUAUCCCAAAGUGAUGGUCAUGGCCAGAUUCCUGGUGCUCUAUAUUAUACCACUGACCAUCAUUUUUGGGUUCUACCUAAGCAUGGCCAUUUCCUUAAUUACCAGUACUAGAAACGUACCUGGCGAACUGCAAGGAAUGCACAGACAGAUCAGAGCCAGAAAAAAAGUAGCAGUCACUGUCCUAGUCUUCGUAGCAGUAUUUGCAAUAUGUUUUGCACCAUUCCACGCUUUCAUGCUAUUCUUCUACUUCAACGACCAGUCUCAAGAGCUCUACAGUCCCUUCUGGCACUAUUUCAGAAUUUUUGGAUUCUGUUUGUGCUACAUCAACUCCUGCGCCAAUCCAGUGGCUCUCUACUUCGUUAGCGGAGCUUUUCGAAAGCAUUUUAACAGUCUUCAAUUUGUUGAAAAUGGAGCUCUCAAUACCCACCUUUCUAUUGAAGAUGUCCUCCAAGAAGUUGUCGUUCCAUUUGCUCCUUUCAUUGGAAAUCAGUUUAUACUGAUGCAUGAUAAUGCCAGGCCCUACACGUGGCGCGGGGUAACGAGUUAG